UCGUUGCCGCGUGAAGAACGCCACCCCCGCCUCAGAAGAACCCCCUCCCUCCUAAUCGUACCUCCGGAGGCACUUCCGGUGGAGCGCCAGGACGCUGCUGCUGCUGCUGCUGCUUCUACCUGUGACCCGGCCUCUGGAGGAGAAGAGGUGAGCACCACAAAGCCGCGGCGCCUAGAGCGGACGGGCCAUAGAGAGGAUGGCGGCUAGAGCGUUCCAACCGGAAGCGGAAGUGGUCCUUCCCAGAAAAAGGCGUUUCCGGUGUGCUCCUCCUCCUCCUCCUGCAAGGUGACACACAUGUGGAAGACGGCGGCGAUGGUGUUGGGUGCCCCCGGCUUCUCUCCCGGGCUGCGGCUUUGGAGGCGAGGCCUGGCGGAAGGGUGGGCCCGCGGCGUCUUGGAGGUGCCGGCGGCGGGGGAAACGGCCCGGUUGGUGGCGGAGAAGACGAGGGCGCCGCCGCCGUUGAGGAGGUUCGUGGCCUGCCCAGAGUUGGCGCGGUCGGUGGCCGCUAAGUUGGGCAGCAAAGGAGGCUCUGAGGGGAAGGAGGAGGAGGCCCUCUUUGUGGAAUGCGAACCAGGUCCUGGCAUCCUGACCCGAACGCUGCUCAAUGCUGGUGCUCGUGUGAUAGCACUAGAAAGUAACAACUCCUUUCUUCCUAACUUAGAGUCUUUAAAGAAUAAACUAGAUGGCCAACUGGAAGUUGUGCAUUGUGACUUCUUCAGAUUGGACCCUAUCAAUUCUGGAUCAAUUAAACCUCCUGUGUUGUAUUCUGAGAAUCUUUUUGAGAACUUGGGCAUCUCUGCUACUGCUUGGACAGCAGGUGUUCCUCUAAAAGUGGUUGGAAUUGUUCCACAAAAAAGAGAAAGGAAUGUGCUAUGGAAGCUAAUCUAUUCCUUAUAUGAACGCAGUUCUGUAUAUAAAUAUGGAAGAAUAGAACUGAACCUGUUUGUCAGUGAAAAAGAAUACAAGACUCUUGUUGCAAAGCCUGAAGAAGCACGAAUUUAUCAAGCACUAAGUGUACUUUGGCAAACAGCUUGUGAUAUUCAGCUUCUGCAUAUGGAGCCCUGGUCUUCAUUUUUAACUAACUCGAGAAAUGGUGGACUCUCCAUACCAAAGAGUGUGCUAUUGCAGAAUGACCACUUAUGCUUAGUACGAAUGACACCCCGGAAGGAUUUGUUUACAGACAAUUUGACAACUGUUAAUUCAAACAUAUUUAUUGUGAUAGUAAAACAAUGUCUUGCUAAAGGCAAAACAAAACUCAUAGAUAAAUUAAAUUUAUGGAGUUGCGAGAGCGGGAAGAAACUGUUGAGACAGUUAGAGAUGCCAGAAAACAUUACAACAGGUAGUCUGUAUCCAGAACAGUACAAAUGCCUUUUUGAGCUUAUGGAACAAUCUAAUGAAUUUGACCAAAGUUGGCUAUAUGAUGAUGAUUGCUUGGAAGAUAACAUGGGCAUAAAUAUUUAAAAUGAAGCCUAGUUUCAAAAAGAGUUUUUGUGAGUUGGAAUAUGGUGCAAAAGAUAAAAUGGUUUGAAAUCUCCAUUAGUGAUGGUAUUUCUGUAUAAAUGAUGACACCACUUGAAAAUCCAAGAUCUCUACAGACAAACAAGUGCAGUGCUGAAGUUUUUGAAUCUUUUAAUGUUGGAAAGGCAAAAUUCCAUGGCUUAAAAAACUGUAGGAAGUGAACUCUGGUGUACAGUCCUUGCAUUUUACCUUAAGUGCAUUUGGGGGAAAAAGUCAAUAAUGGCAUGUUCUCCCAGGAAUUUCAAAAAUAAUAAUAGCAGCAAAGCUAAUACUAUGUCAGCUCUUAGUGUGCAAGAACUACAGUAUUUUUAUGUGAAAAACACUAGUUACUCUUGAAUCAGAAUGUUGUAAAAUCAACAGUGACUAAAACCACAGGAGGUAAAAUAGGAAGGAAAUGUGCUUUUUUGGUUUAAAAGUUUGCUUUCAGGUACCUAAGUUACACUGGAACUGGCUGAAAAUGGUAGAAUAUUUGCAAAAAUCAUUCUGCUUCUGUAUACACUGUAUAAUACUGUACAAUUUUUGUAUGUAUAUACCUACAUAAAGUAUAUAUAUGUGAACACGCUUCAGUUGAUCUAUUUUCAGAUGAGAAUUUUUAUUACAAUGUAAACUAAGAAACUUGUAUUAUAAUAUGAUUCCUAAUUUAUAGAAAUGUAUAUAUUUGUAUUAUAAAACACAAUAAAAUACUAUUGCUAGUAAACGUAGAAACAGUGUAUUUCCUUUUCAGCUAUGUUUUCUUAUCUAAGACUGUGAUGGUUCUCUGUCGGUCCCCCACCUUUCCUGCUGAGCUGGAUGGGACCCCAUGAGACCAUCUAUUAUAAAAAAACACACAAACAAACCCACAAACCACCCCCAAAACAAACAAACAAAAUUGCUGGCGCCACCUAAUUAUUAACUUGUUACACUUCAAUAAUGCAUUGGGAUGUUGCUGGGAAAUUCCACUGGUAUAUGCCAACCCAGUGAAGAACUAGCCAAACUAAGGCACGUGAAAAAGAGUACAAGAGAAGCAGAGCAUUUUAAAGAAAAGGUUUAUUUUGACUAAAAGAGUUCUAGCGCAAAAGGAUAUCACUAGAUGAGGGACCAAUUUGUCUUACAGAAAAUAUAUCACAGAGUACAAUCAUUUCAGCCAGACCAGGAAAAUAAAAAUCCUGAAGCCACUGACUGGUACAUGUUCCUAAUGUUAGUCACAGAUCAGAUGGGACUUGUAGUCCUUGAUGUUUCUGAAUAGCUGGGAGCCUGGAAUACAUUGUCCAGCUCCAACAGAGAGCCAGAAACAAAUGCCAGCAGGCAGGCAGACAAAUGCUUCAUGUCACAUCCAGUUUUUUUAAAAAAAACCUCCCCUCAGAACCAUCUUAAAAGUUCGUGCUUCUCUUCAAUUGCCCAUCUCAUUGGACAGUUGCCAGCUCAUCAGCUGUGAUGUAAACCCUCAUUUAAAUGUAAUUGUGAGAUGGAUAAAAGCAAUAUUAAGUUUUAUUCAAUAUAAUCAAUAUCUAUUGCCCCUGAAUAUAAUGAGAAAAAGACCCAAAAGGGGAACUUAACCUUAGUGAGAGAAAUGCUGAAGAACUUUUUUUCAUGAUGGGAUAAAAAGGGCAGAGUGACAUCUUUGCUGCCUGGUGCUUUACUUUAAGUCAAAAUAAUGGAUGUUGAUAAGUAAUGUGUAAACUAAGUACAAGGUUGAGAGUGAUAAAUGGAGCAUUUAGUAAUAACAAGAUUGAUAAGAGAAAAGAUAGAAUGUGGCAUAGGGGUUCUAAUGCAUAUUAAUUGAGUUGAUAUAUUCAAAAAUCUUUACUUUGAAGGAAUUUUUAUAUGUUUAAGUUUUGUAUUGACCAAUAGAAUUUGCCAGUUUUCUUUGCCUGUUGCCUAUAAUUUGUGAAAUUUGGUUUUAUUCUUGGCCUCAGAAAAUUGGUUGGAAUUGGGAAUUCCAGUCUUAGGACUGCUAACAAUAAAUUUAUUUCCUUAUCA